AUUUUGUCACAAAAAAUGGGCUAACACCAAAGAAAGAAAAGUAAUCAGGCAUAUAUUUUCAACAACCCCAGGAGGCAAGACCUUUCUCAGCAACAUAAACAUACAAAUUUUUCUUUCAAAUGCACCAGUGAGUUUAUACAUACACACAUAAAUACAUACAUACUAGUAUCUUAGUAUACUAGGGGUGAAAAGAGAAGAAUGAUGGCAGGGCUGGGUGGGCGUAAAGACAAGGGAUCAUCAUCAUCAUUGUCUGGAUCUAGAAGAAUUUGGGUGGCUGUUUUCAUAGGAAUAUCCAUGGGUUGCAUCUUUGCUUUCUUUUUCCCUCAUGGCUUCUUCCCCUCCUAUUCUGCUUCUCAGACUACUCACCCUCUUUCCAAAUCUAAUCUACGGACGGGAUCAUCCUCAUGUGAAUCGCCUGAGAAGAUCAACAAAUUGAAAUCUGAUAUUAUGGGGUUGUCAGACAAGAAUGUCAAGUUGGAAAAACAGGUUACCGAGCUAACUCAAAAGCUACGGUUGGCUGAUCUUGGAAAAGAUCAUGCACAAGAGCAGUUUAUGGUGUUGGGUAAACCUUAUAAAGCUGGUCCUUUUGGUACAGUCAAGAGUUUGAGAACUAACCCAACUGUAUUGCCUGAUGAAUCUGCAAAUCCUAGACUGGCCAAGAUUUUGGCAAAAGUUGCUGUCCGGAAAGAGCUUAUAGUUGUACUUGCAAAUACAAAUGUUAAACCCAUGUUGGAGAUACAGGUCACUAGCAUCAAGAAAUCGGACAUACCAAAUUAUCUGGUAGUAGCUCUGGAUGAUGCUAUAGUAGAAUUUUGUGAAUCAAAUGAUGUUUAUGUGUACAAGAGAGAUCCGGACGAGGAUGUGGACGUGAUUGCAAAGGGUGGCAGUAACCAUGCUGUUUCUGGACUUAAGUUCCGCAUCUUGAGGGAGUUUUUGCAGCUAGGUUACAGUGUGCUUCUGUCAGAUGUCGAUAUAGUAUAUUUGCAGAACCCGUUUCUUCAUAUAUAUCGCGAUUCAGAUGUGGAGUCAAUGACUGAUGGUCACAAUAAUAUGACAGCAUAUGGAUAUAAUGAUGUAUUUGAUGAACCUGCAAUGGGUUGGGCUCGAUAUGCCCAUACAAUGCGUAUUUGGGUGUACAACUCUGGCUUAUUUUAUAUCAGACCUACAAUUCCUUCAAUCGAGCUUCUCGAUCGUGUCGCUAACCGGCUUGCCAAGGAACCGAAGUCUUGGGACCAGGCUGUUUUUAACGAAGAACUCUUUUUCCCUUCAUAUCCUGGGUACAGUGGGCUUCACAUUUCCAAAAGAACCAUGGACUUCUAUCUCUUUAUGAAUAGUAAGGUUCUUUUCAAGACCGUUAGGAAAGAUAAAAAUCUGAAAAAGUUGAGGCCAGUUACUGUUCAUGUAAAUUACCAUCCGGAUAAGCUAUACAGAAUGCAAGCGGUUGUCAACUAUUAUGUUGAUGGCAAACAAGAUGCCCUGGAUAUUUUCCCAGAUGGUUCUGAGUGGGUAAGAAAUCCGAAAGGAAGCUAAGAAGAAACAAACUGAAACAAGGGAUCUUUCUCAUCAAGUAUACGCUAAGCAUACAUUAGCCCUUCCACACCUUAGUUGAAUGCACUGUUUUGACUGAUUGGUUAUACUUAACAGGGACAAUAUAUAAGUGUAUCAGCUUGUCAUUCAUAUUCACAAUUACUGAUGGGUAGAACUUACAAUUCAGAUAUGUACGGUACUUUCCACUCUUUUUUUCCCUUUCUCGGCACUGUUACGUUUUGCAUAUGAGAUUACAGGAUUUUGAUGGAGGAAAGAUUUCACUGUAACCGGCAUUGCUGGAUUUGAACCUAUUCUUAUUUUUAUUCAGAUAUGGUCUGUAUUGUUCCGCCAA